GGGGCCCUUUCGGUAAUGCGAUCCUUUUCUCUUAUCAGCAGCCGACUUUCAGGCCCUGGUCGGCUUGUUUUUUUAUUAAGAAAAAUGUGACAACUACGUGCGGAUCCGUUGGAAAGCUUCAACCUCUCGUUGGACUUUGUUUUGCCUUUGAAUCUUCUCGCAUUGCAAGAACUUCUAAAUGGGAUCUUUUGUCUUGUUGUCAUGAGCUUGAAAAUGGGUCACUCUGAUUUGUCAUUCUGCCUCUGAAUAUUCAUUGCUUUCUUGGGUUUCUCGCGCGAACAAGUCAGGGUUCUCUAAUUGUUGUGUCGAGAUUCAUCUUGGAUUCUUGAUGUCAUAUUGGAGGAUUCAAACCUUUACCGUGUUUUGAGCAAUCAAUUUGUUCUUCUCUGAAAUUAGUUUUUUUUCUGGGGCAUGGCUACCUCGAUGACUUCGUCUGCCAAACCACACACAACUCACUGGAGUUUUACCACGGCUCUGGCUUCUGCUGUUCUUGAAUGGCUGCUUAUUAUCUUUUUGUUUGUUAAUGCCUUGUUCUCAUUCUUACUUACAAAGUUUUCUCGUUACUGCAAAUUGCAAAUGCCUUGUUUACUGUGCUCAAGACUUGAUCACGUUUUUGGCGGUGAGAAAUCGGGAUACCUUUGGGAUUUGAUCUGCGGCCAUCAUAAGUUGGAGAUUUCUAACUUAGUUCUUUGCCAUGCUCACAAUAAGCUUGUAGACGUUCGUGGAUUAUGUGAAACUUGUCUCUUCUCGUUUGCCACGAUCAAUAAAUCCAAUGCUGAAACAUACAGGUUAUUGGUGGGCAAAUUGGGGGAGGAUACUCUCUGUGGCUUUGAUCAGGACCCCUUAAUUGAGGGACAUAAAAUAUGUUCUUCAAGCAUUAGGCAUUGUUCUUGUUGCAAUGAACCAUGGGUUUUAAGAAGCCAUCCUCCAAAGUUGAUUCAGACCAAAUCAGUUGGCUUUGAAGCUGCUGAGUUUGAUGCACCUUUAUCAGGUGUGGUUGGACUUGAUCAGGAUGACCUGAAGAAGAGAAGAGAAAAACCAUCUGUGCCAGUUAGAGCCUCUAAUCCGAGAAAUAGUGAGCGAGAUUCUUUGUCUCAUGUAGGAUACACAGAGCUUAAGGUUAAUUCAGAUACUGAAUCUGAAGUCCUGUACUCUGACGACGAUGGUGAUGGUGAUGGUAGUGCCUUGCUUCGUGAAACUGAUGCUUCCAAAGAUGAUCAUGCUGUUCGAAGUUCACAUUUGGAGCCACUUAUAAUUACUCUGGCUGAUGUUUCGGCCACUGAGAACCUGAUAAUUGCAGAUUCUGCACCUGAGGCUUCCUCAUCAACUUCGCUGGUGCAGUUAGAUUCUAUUGAUGUCCAUGGCAGUACAUCAGGCUCUACAAUUGUUGUUAUUAAGAAUGGUCUAGAGGAACUCAAUUGGCAACAACCAAAUAGCAAAGCCAGUUCCCCUGCUCCAACCGAAGCUGAUAGCAAGGCCAAUUCCAAUGCUCCAAAUGAUCUUAUUUCCCUUGAUGAUGUCACUCCAUCAUCAAAUGCUCUGGAAACCACAAUUGAAGUAUCAAAAGAAUGCUUAGAUCUUAGAAGAAACAAUGAAGUUGCGAGAACACCUGCGGUGGAGUUUGAGUCCUUUGGGGAAAUCAAUGAUGAAAGAACUGCACCAACUACAUCAUCCAAAUUUGAUCUAGAAACAAAGCCCAUUUCAGGUGACUCUGCUCAGCAAGCAUCUGACUUAUUGGAUCUUGGUGAUGCUUAUAAGAUAGCUGUUGGCAAUAGAGGAAGACAAUUGUCUGGUGUUCUUGUAGAACAAUGGGUUGGGAAGGAUUCUUCCAGACUUAGUGAAGAUUUGAAGCUCUUAUUCUCACAGUUAUCUGGCACUCGAGGGAUUGAGCAAUCAAUGAAUGAAAAGAGUCCUAAAUUUUCUGUAAAUACUGGCGAAUUGAAGACUGCUGAUGUUUCUUACUCUACUGGAAUGAAGAUACUUCAAAAGUGUGUCUCACUUGAAAAAAAUGAGUCUGGUUUAUCUCUGGAUGGAAGCACAUUUCAGAAGAGAAUCGCACUUGAGCGAAACGUGUCUGGUUUGUCUCUGGAUGCAAGUGCACUUCAGACAUCUAGUUUAUCUUUGGAUGGAAGCACACUUCAGAACAGAACCUCACUUGAACGAAAUGAGUCCGGUUUCUCUCUGGACGGAAGCACAUUUCAAAAAAGGAUCUCACUUGAGAGAAACGAGUCUGGCUUGUCUCUUGAUGGAAGCAUUGUCAGCGAACUUGAAGGUGAAAGUUUGAUUGAUAGAUUAAAACGACAGAUAGAACAUGAUAGGAAGCAUAUGAGUGCAUUAUAUAAGGAGUUGGAAGAAGAAAGAAAUGCUUCUGCUGUUGCAGUCAAUCAGGCCAUGGCCAUGAUUACUAAAUUGCAGGAGGAGAAGGCAACCGUCCAUAUGGAAGCCUUGCAAUGCCUACGACUGAUGGAAGAGCAAUCCGAAUACGAUAUGGAAGGACUGCAAAAAGCAAAUGACCUUCUUGCAGAGAAGGAAAAAGAGAUGCAAGAUCUAGAAGCCGAGCUUGAAUUUUAUAGGAAUAAAUAUCCAAAUGAAUCAAUUCUGGAGAAUGUGGCGGAGGAAACUUGUGAUAUGAAGGCAAUAGAUAUUGGAAUUGAUCAUUCAGAAUCUCUUUUUGUUGAGAAUAGUGCAAGUGUUCUUAGAAACUCAGCUACUGCCAAACUUGAUAUCUGUGAUAAAGUUGAAGAAAAGCAGACCCAACUGGGGAAUAACAAUACAGGUGCCAUGAAGAAUGAAUUAUUUGAGUUAGAAGAUGAAAGGUCAUAUGUUUUGCAAUGUUUGAAGAAUUUAGAGGAGAAGCUUUAUCUGUUAUCUAGUAAUGGUGUAUUCUUGGAAAAUGGUGAAUAUCCUAAAAUUGGAGGAGAUGGAAAAAGUGAGUUGAAAGAGUCCAAUUUUGAAGGGGAAACUCAAGAAAACGGAGCAGUAGAAGAGGAUGAUUUGUCAAUACAACAUGAUGGAUCUGUAUCCAGUGCUAAUCUGAAUACCCAAGCAUCACUCAAGCAAGUUCAGCUCAUUUGCAAGGAAAAUGUUGAAUUUGAUAGUGCUGCGCAAGGCUCUUAUGUACUCCAUAGGGAAACUGAUUUAGCUUCUAUUGAAGAUGAGGUUUCAGAUUUGAAAGGUAGAUUGGAAGCACUUGAGGCAGACCGAAGUUUUCUUGAGCACACCAUUAACUUAGUCAGAAACGGCGAGGAAGGGCUUCAAUUAAUUCGGGAGGUAGCUUCUCACUUGCAAGAAUUACGAAGGAUUGGUGGUAUAAGAAGAAGAGAGCCAACCAUUGCUUGAGGCUUCAUGUGAAAGUAUCACCCAGGUUCAUCUGGGGAAAGCCAUGUUGGUGCUUCCUAGAAUGCAAGUCAGAUAUACUUCUGAAAACCUGUUAAGAAAGAGGACUGGCUCUCAAGUGUACAGUAUCGAGGCGUUUUUUUAAAGGGGAAAAACACGGUAGGAUUCAACGGUAUGCACCAAGUCUCUCUACUUGAUUCCCCACCUUUGUAGGGCAUAUUUAUACACUUUUGGUUUUUGUUGCAUUUAACAUAAAUCUUCCAUAGAGUCGGAGAGGCUUUUUUCCCACAUAGUCUAUACUUCAGUUUGGAGUUUGUUUUCUGUUUUGUUUACCAUUUAACUAUAUGGAUGGAUGAGUGAUUGCAUUGUAGAAAGGGAUUUUUUUGUGUGUAAAAUUUGAUUGUUCGAUUGUUUGAAUUCUGAAGAUAAUGGUUGAUAUCAGUAAGUCAACACCAAUUUCUUUGUACAAUUAAAGAAAUGUGAUAACACUAAAUUCAACUUGCUUUG